AUGAAAUUCGCAUCCAGCAUCUUUCUUGCAGCCCUCGGGCUUUUCAACGCUGUCCGCGGUGACGCUGUCCCAUGGGAGCGUAUCUCCAAGAACGACUCCAUGCUUCUCAUCCUUGACCUCCAGGUCGGCCUCUACCAGGUCGCCCGCGACUGGGACCCCACCCUCUACCGCGAAAACAUCCUCGCGCACGCCGAGCUUGGCAAGCUCUUCGACCUCCCCGUCGUAAUGACCACGUCUGCCCAGCAAGGUCCCAACGGCCCUCUUCCCAAGGAGAUCCUGGAGAUGUACCCCGAUGCGCCGCUUAUCAAGCGCCAGGGCGAGGUUGACGCCUGGGACAACGCCGAAUUCCGCGAGGCCAUCAAAGCCACGGGCAAAAAGCAGAUUAUCCUCGCCGGCAUCACGACCGACGUGUGCACCGCGUUCCUGUCGCUCUCGCUCCGCGCAGAGGGCUACUCCGUCUUCGCCAACAUCGAGGCCUCGGGCACGUACUCCCAGCUCGUGCGCGACACGGCCAACAGCCGCAUGCAACAGGCGGGUGUGCAGCUUGUCAGCAUGUUUGCCAUCGUUUGCGAUCUGAUGCGCGAUUGGAGGAACGUGCCGGGUGCGAAGGAGGUGCUGCCGUACUUGGACAAGUACUUGCCCGUUUAUGGGUACAUUGCUAGGGGCCAUGCGGCGGCGAUUGAGAACGGGACGGUUAUUCCCGGGGAGGCGAGCUUGGUUUAG